AUGGUUACGUCAAUAUUUGGCCCAGUAAACGUGGGCGCCAUUGAAGAUCGCGGCCUAGGCUUGAUAACUGAGAUUCACCUCAACAACGAAAACGACGAGCUCGCAGCCCUUCUUACUAUUCCGAGAGAGCUUAUCCUGUCAGCCGCGGGCAUUGAAGAGUAUGCCAGAGAAAGCAAAGACUUCCGCCAACUCCUUGACGUAGCUGGUCAUCAGUCACUAAGGAGCGAUAUACUACUCUUCUUGUUAACGCAACUUGUUCUCUCGUCCCCAGACUAUAAGGGUGGUCAAGGGGCUGUCACAGCUUGGACGCAAUAUGUUAAGCUCCUUCCUACAAAAGUGCCUGUCCCUACAAUGUGGUCUGAGCAUGAGUUGUCUCUUUUGAGAGGCACAUCGCUCGAAUCUGCUGUAUCAGCGAAACUCGCUACUUUGGCGAAGGAGUUCAGUCACAUUCGAGACACGAUUUCGGACCUUCCGCAAUGGACUGCACUGGUCGAAGCUGAUGAAAUUACUCUAAGGGAUUGGAUUUUGUUGGACGCUCUCUAUCGAUCUCGAUCGCUCGCCUUGCCUAGGUCAGGGGAGGCAAUGGUUCCCUGUCUCGACCUAGUGAAUCAUUCAAGUCCAGCAACCGCGUAUUUCGAAGAAAGCUCAGAAGAUGAGGUAUUGCUUCUUCUACGUAAGGAUGCCAAUGUCCUCAAGUCGAACGAAAUCACCAUUGACUACGGUCACGACAAAUCCGCCGCCGAGAUGUUGUUUAGCUAUGGAUUCAUUGAUCCUGUAUCAACCGCUAAGAGUAUUCUUCUGCCAGUAGAGCCUAUGGCAGACGACCCGCUUGCAAAGGCAAAACUUUAUGCCUUCGGAUCUGCGCCAACUCUAAAGAUCACCGACAACGAGAAUGGUGUUCCGAAAUGGGAUGCACCGUUCAUUUAUCUGAUGUGCCUGAAUGACGAAGAUGGCCUACACUUCAGAGUUUUGCAGGAAAAUGAUGGCUCACAAGACCUCAGAAUGUUCUGGCAGGAUACAGAUAUAACACGGGAAGCUGGUACUAUAGAAACCCUCAUAAAGGGGCAUGAGUUGUGCCAGGUUUUCCGUCUUCGUGCGGCUACCGUGGCUCUCCAAAUGAUCCAGCAACAAGUGGAAAUUCUAAGGAAGAACAGUGCUCCGACUGGGCACGAGAGAUCACAUGUCGUCUUAGCGGCAUUGAAAUUAAGAGCAAUUGAAAAAGAUUUAUUGGAAAGGGCUCUCGAAGUGCUCGAACAGGAGAACAAUCGGCUGCUUGAAGACAAAUCCGUGACGAGCUAUCUUUCUGCAAUGAAUGACACCCAAGGGGAUAACAUAGAUGAGGAGGACUUCACAUAG